ACAGUCUACAUCUGUACACCAAGCGAGAUCGACUCAAAUUUAUUAAAAUGAAUGACUCGCGAACCAUAUCGGUUUCGCCGAAAAAAUUUGGGCGUAAUAUACACCACAGUUUAUUACAAUCUGUAGCCUACGUCACUGCUCAUCUAUAGCGAGGAAAAUCGACACAAAGAAAUACGAACGCUCGCCAUUCCCAGACAUUUUCGAGACGUGCGAUAUGGUAUUUGACAGAGCAAUAAUGAAUGUGACUGCCUAUUUCAGCUCACUAAGCAUUAGCUCAGUAGUUGUGUUUGAAUCUACCUUCAGUAGGCAGGAAGGGAGGGUACUCUGUUUAACUUAACAAUAUACCGGUAAUUGGCGUGUUGGUACGCUGACAAGUGCCGGUGCUUUUAUAAAGGCAUGCUUCCAUUUCAGGCUGUGCUUGAUAUGCUGAAAAGAAUAAGGUGUAUGCGAGUGUACUGGGAACUUGUACAAUGGAUCUUGCAGUCAUAAUGUAUUAUGCUUGGCUGCUGUGAAGCGAACCAUCAUCAUAUACGUCGCCACACUGAAGUACCAUUCAAGAAUUUAAGCGGUGCAGAAAACAGCAGCACUUCAAUAGGAACAAAGAUUAUGAAGCGGAAAUUUCAUCACCGAUAUGGAAUUCUAGCUUGCUUGGCUGCAUCAUCUUCCGCUUUGAAUGCUGGAUUUGCCAUCAGUUUUAGUUCUCCAGCAAUCCAGGAUUUAGAACAAGGAAAAGGAUUAAUUCACCUAACUCCAGAAGAAACUACAUGGUUUGGGAGUCUCCUUCCUUUGACGGCAAUGUGUGGCAGUUUACUGAGUGGUCCGCUGAUGGACUAUUUCGGGCGACGACCAACAAUAUUGAUGGUCGUAAUCUUGUUUCUUGUCAGCUGGAUAACUAUGUUCUUUGCUUCAGGAUAUGCAAUGCUUUUUUCUGGUCGCGGAUUAUCCGGUUUGGCGACAGGAAUGAGCUUUGCAGUUAUACCAGUAUAUAUAUCGGAAGUUAGUCCAGCUAUUUUACGCGGAACAAUGGGAAGUAUAUUUAGUGUUCUGUUAGCGCUCGGACUUCCGGUUGGGUAUUGCGUCGCCGUUUUAUAUAGCUGGAGAGGAAUGGCAGAAUCUGGAGCUAUAAUAGCUUGUCUCACAUUCGUAGUCUGCUAUUUACUGCCCGAAAGUCCGUAUUGGCUACUCAGACAAAACAAAAAUUUGGAUGCAACCAAAUGUCUCAAAGUUUUACGUGGAAGCAACGAUGUCGCGGCGGAAGUGAAGGACAUACAGGCGUUACAGCAGGAGCUGUCUACAUCAGUUACAGCUGAAGAAGUAUUUUCGCGAUCAUUCAUGAAACCGAUGGGAAUUGGUGUGAUGUUGAUGGUAUUUCAACAAUUUAGUGGUGUAAAUGCUGUAUUUUUCUAUUCACACGAAAUUUUUCAACGAACAAAUUUUCACGAUGAGAACGUGGCAGGUAUUCUUGUGAGCAGUCUACAUGUCGCUGCCUUGAUUGUGGUGACCUUUACAAUAGAUAGAUUUGGUCGUCGUAUAUUAUUACUAGUAUCUGCAUUUGGUAUGAUGAUCUGCCAUGCUGUAAACGGAGCCUGUAUGUAUAUUAUAUCACAUAAUGAAGCUACAAUACGGCAAAAGAAUAUUUCAUUGUCAGAUAUUUCCUUUGUCGAACGAGAUUUAAAUAUAUACAAUGACUUGAAUGAUACUUCACGUCUCAAUACAUCAUCUAUGCAAAAUGUCUCCACGAGUUUGGAACAGUCAGAAAAUACAUCAGACAACAAUAUUGCAUCGUUGACUUCACUGUUGUUUGUAAUGUUGUAUAUAGCAAUGUACAGUGUAGGAUUUGGUCCUAUUCCAUUUAUUGCACUAAGUGAAAUGUUACCUCAGCGCGGUAGAGGAGUGGCGUGUGGAAUCGGUACAAUGUGCAACUGGAUUUGUGCUUUCACACUCACGAAGACUUUUGUACAAUUAGUGGAAGUUCUCACCAUUACGGGAGCGUUUUGGCUCUUCUCAUCAGUAUGUUUUUUAUCCAUUAUAUUUAUUUGGCGUUGCGUGCCAGAGACCAAAGGAAAAACUUUAUCACAAAUACAAGAUAUAUUUGCAAGCAAUACCAACUUCCAUAUGUCGCCAAGAUUAUCGACCAAAUCGCCAGUUAAGAGUGUAAACCAGGUGGUUAUGGCGAGCCCACUUUUGCCCUCUAAGCGUUCUUCAAGUAUGCAAGCUCAGAUGAUUAGCUUAGUGACGGAAGAUUAACAUGCCGCCUCCAUUUGUAUGAAGCUAGUUAUCUGGCCUACAAAAAGCAAGAAGAGGAUAUGACGACACUUUUGGUAUAAGUUCUUGCAUGCAGGUGCACUCAAUAGAAGACUACAGAAACCCUUAUUACAGCAAAUUUAUUACUUCGAGUUGCGUUUUGAAUCUGUUUGCAUGUACUAGACACUAUUUUUAUUGAAGUUAUAUUGAUACUGUGUUUUAUUUGAUUACAUUGUGCGAUUUUCA